CUCGUGAGGCGCUCGCAUGCUGCCUCAUCAGCACGUGUCUGUCCUGCAGGGGUGGAGCGUAUCGAGGACUGUCUCUGAUGUUCUGUCAGCCUCACAUCAGAACGGCUGCAGCAGCGACUGGAGAGGAGGGGUUGAAUAUCUGACUCGGAGCCGACGAAGGACGAGGCAGCAGCAGGGAAUUGUGUUGCUAUUGGACCGCUGGAUCUGUGUGAUUUCCUCAUGCUUAAUAACGAUCACCUCUGGGAAAUAUUAGCUGACAUCUCGGGAAUCACAGAUAUAUUUUGUGAUUGUCUUUCAAAGCUGUGGCAUUUGUAAGGAGUGUUUGAACUGUGGAGUUUUCCUCGUCAUCAAAUGGAUGCAAGUGCGUGAGGGGAAUACUUAUAAACGGCGCGUUGCGUCCUGCGGAGGCACGCCGCUUCCUUUUCCAUUGCUGCUCCCAAGAGCCAAGCGCAGCCCAUCAAGCCCCUCACUGUUUGUCGACCUGCGGAAUUUUACGACCUCAACCCGGGAAUUAACGAGUCUGAGCUGCAGAACCUUCAUUUCCAGUUUUGGGGGAGGGUGGAUCCAAUCCUCCUGCGUGGGAGGGGGUGCAGGGUGCAUCAAAAUGGGGAACAGCUUCUCCAACAUAUCUGCCUUCCAGUCGCUUCACAUCGUCAUGCUGGGUUUGGACUCUGCCGGUAAGACCACAGUUCUUUAUAGAUUGAAAUUUAAUGAAUUCGUCAACACAGUCCCCACAAUCGGUUUCAACACGGAGAAGAUCAGGCUGAGUAACGGCACAGCGAAGGGCAUCAGCUGUCACUUUUGGGACGUGGGGGGACAGGAGCUGCGGCCCCUGUGGAAGUCCUACAGCCGCUGCACAGACGGCAUCAUCUACGUGGUGGACUCGGUGGACGUGGACCGGCUGGAGGAGGCCAAGACCGAGCUGCAUAAGGUCACGAAGUUCACGGAGAACCAGGGCACACCUCUGCUGGUCAUCGCCAACAAGCAGGACCUGCCGAAGUCCCUGCCAGUGGCUGACAUCGAGAAGCAGCUGGCCCUGCACGAGCUGGCGCCCUCCACCACCUACCACGUUCAACCCGCGUGCGCCAUCAUAGGAGAGGGGCUUCACGAGGGCAUGGACAAGCUGUAUGAGAUGAUCAUGAAGAGGAGGAAGUCUCUGAAGCAGAAGAAGAAGCAGCGGUAACAGUGGCUGGAGCUGGACUCGGUUUCUACCUGACUUACUGUGACAAAUCCUGGGUUCUGCCAUUUGUGGCACCCAGGUGGGUUGAUUUCUGUUUUCUUCCAUCCUGUGUUUCCAAUGAAACCUGUUAAGCCCUUCUGAGUGAUGCUUUUGCACACAGAAAGCUGAAAACUGCAGGGUUGAGAACAGAACAUUAAACCAAAACAAAAGAGCUAUGAUCCAGAAACUUUGUCAGAGAAACGGGCUGGCCUGUUUCAUCUUGAAAGUAACAGUUUGGAUGUUUUGAAUUUAGAUUCUGUUAUAUUAUCUCACCUCUAGCAGACAGAUUUCAUAUUGCAAAGAGUUGGAUAAAAGUGAGGAAAUUGUAAGAGGGAUGGAAGGCUAACAGCUAGUCAGACAGAUCUGUAACUAUUUAGAGCAACUGAAACUAGAAAUAGUUAGAUUUGUGGGAUUCAACAACAUGUUCCCACUAGAGGCCUGCUAAGUUUGCUGUUUAACAUUCAAAGAAAGUAAAAAGUUUUUAGCUAAAGUUGUGGA